AUUUCGAAUUAUGGUGAACUCGCUGUUCCGCUCUUCAUGCUCUUGUUUCGUAAGACUACAUUGCCUUUCUUCAUCACUUUCGUGUGUUGAUGAGGGUUACCUUGCUGUGUUCACCAAACAUGAAUGAUGGUACAGUGUCGAAAAAGAUAGGUAAAAAACGUACAGUAGGAACUGCUAGUGCUACGGACUCGCAGGAUCAGCCGACGGAUGAUUCGGGACCUCCGUCUUCUCCGAUAUCGUGUUCACAAAAAAGCGUGGAGGAUGAAACCACUGCAACGAGUUCGUGUUCUUCACAAGAUUGCGAAGUUGAAGUGUUCGGUGGGAGAAAGAAGAAAAUAAGUCCAAUAAAACUGCCAGCAUCGGCCAGUUUAUGGAAGGAUGAUACUUGGUGGGCUGAUGGGGACGUGCUUAUGGGGUCUCCUCUGGAUUUAUUGCGCAUAAAAUACGAUAGUGAAUUCAUUGACAAUCACAUUGGCGCUGACGACGAGGAUGACUAUAAGAGUAUAUUCGAAAUGGCCAAUGUGAAGAUCGACCAAGACCUGGAAGAAAAAAUUAACAAAAAACAGGAAGAAAUGACUAAAUGGUUACCCGAGAAGUUCAACAUCGAAAAUCUGGACUUCGAAGACACAGAAAAAUUGAAAUUAAGCAUGAGCUUCCUAAUAUAUAUAAUGGAUAAAAGCAACAUGGAUCAACAAGGGUACUGGAUAUAUCAUGGAUGUAUGGCAUACCUUAAAAGACUGAAAAGUAUCUUUGAAAUGUGUUUAGCCCAACCACCUGCAAAACCUGAUGAACAGACCUUCACUUGGCUUUUCUGUACAUUUACACAGAUGCUAUCAAUUGAUUUGCCUUCCGGUGGAUGUAUGCCCCGUUCCUUGAGGGUGUGUGGUAAUGAUGUGAAAUCUAUCCCUGAUUUGCGUAUGCUGAAAGUUGAAGACAUGAAACUGAAGGGAUGUUAUGAAAUCUCUGUCGUCACUGUUGGUGAGGUGAAAAAACGCACUGUGAGUGUAGUGAAAGAUCAGGAAGAACAAUCUGAUGCAGCAGGAGAUAACUUGAUAAAGCGACGUCGUCUUGACAAACUGAAAAACACAUUUUCAAGUGAUCUUCGUGGACAGCAUGCUGCCGAGUUAUUAGUUGAGCUUCCAUUUUCAGCUGUGAAAGGUUAUAACUAUAACAACGACAACCUUAUCUUUGGUUUGGUCAUCCAGGCAACAAAGGUCAGUCUUACUUGUCUAAGGAUGAAGAAAGAGCACCUGCAAGAGCUGCUUGAGGAGACAAGUGAAGUAAGUCCUUCACACAAGGCGAACAUUUUUUACACUAGGCCGUAUGAUAUGUUAUGUGCAGAGGAUCGAAAGCACUUGGUUUACAUUUUGACAACUUUGGCUAAGCUUGCUGGUCAUAUUAUAUGAAUACUGUAAUCAAGCCCUCUUCGUAUGCACAUUCCUGUUUGUCCCUGCUCAUGUGACUAUCUUAAAAACAACUGGACUGAUUAGCGAACAGCCAGUGGGUCAAGAUCAAUUAAUGCAUUUACCCACAUCACUGCAAUAAUUCGAGUGUUCAAACACAGACUGUAAGUUGUGUUCCAACAUAUAUGGGUACUUUUAGUCACCCUCAGUUAAGUUGACUUCAAUGGUUUUUUACUCUAUUAACACCUUCGGUGCCAAAGGUUUUUUAGAGGGGUACUUUUUGCACCAAAAGAACUACAUCUUUUACAAGAAAUGCUGUAGCCGGGCCGAAAAAAAAAUCAUUUAAAUUAGCCGGGGAUGCAUUCAAAACACGGCAAACAAGUCCACCUCCUGCGUGCAUGUAGUCGCAGCGGUUAAAAGUAUCUUGCCGUGGCGGCAGGGGCAUGAGAAACUUGAACAUUUUACUGUGCGAGCCAAAUUUGGUGGGAAAUGCCAACUUUGAAGACCUGUAGCUCCUAAACGGUGCAAGAUAUCGAAAAACGGAGCACACCAAAUGAUCUGAAAUCUUCUCCUCUUGUUAACUACUCGUAUUUGUAUAAACACUUGCAUGUACAUGUAUUUGAUAUUGCUAACUUAUAAGUAACACUAUUGAGACCACGACUAAUUCCAAGUCAAGCAAUAGUCUCUGCGACACAAUAACUUUUACAACUCCAGCUUCCAAUUUUCUAAUUCAUGGUUGCUGCAUUAUCCUCAUACAUUUGCUUUUGCAUGUACAUAGUUAUAAAAGGUUUGAACACAAUAACAUGUUAAAGGAUGUGACAUUAAUUACCAACGGUAUGUUUGAAUCAACAUGAUCAUAAUUGCCCUUCUCCUAAAAACAAAAUAAUUUGACCGACUUUUCAAGGUCGCAGAGGUCAAAUGGCGUAAAAUGGCCGUUUGAGUGUAAUAUUUUGGAGCGUUUCUCAACCGCAAAAGCUAUGAACUUGAAGCUUUAAGCAGUCUGAUGAACAUGGGACCAGCUAACCACCAUACAGUAUUACUUUCACAUGGUUUUUGAUUUUACCUCAUAAAACUUUCAUUUGGCUACAUACUGUAGCACUUUCUGUAACUAGCAUGAAUUAAUUGUCUACUUACUAUACUUACGGUGAGCACAAUGGCCUCUGCCGUUUCAUUUAGAGAUGCAUCAACAAGCAUUAAAACGAUUUAGUCUGAAUUUAUUAACAAUCCAGACAUUGUGGUCUUCAUUGUGUUUCAAAAGCUUUUGUAAGACAUUUGCACUUUUCUGCUCAACCUUCCUGCUAACCUUCUUCUCCAUUACCACACAAUGUCCACCUUGGCAUUCAUGGAGCACCGAUAUUUUCCGUAUCAACUUUGAUGGCCGUGUGCAAAUGCUGUCGGCAGCUGAUUUUGCUACCAGUUCGCAACCAAGUCUUUUUUGUCUCAUCGGCAUCAAUUUCUGUAUCGUGAUUUCUUGGUGCAAACAUAUUUUUUUGCCGCCCAUGAAUAUGCCGAAACAUUCCUGAAAAGACGAUGAGAGUUUAGACAGAUUAUAAAACCGACAUGAACAAACAUGUCGAAACAUCAGUUAGUCUUGGUUCGAAAAUAAAGUUAAUAUGGAUUGAAAUAAAAACUAUUUUCCUUCCCCCAGACCUUUUAGCAUUGUUGUACAACUAUUGCGAUCAAUCCCACAAAGUAUAAAAUAGCUGUGGGCACAUUUUUAUGUAGCUGAUUCGAUUUACUUGUGUAUGCGACAACGUUAAUUAUUUUCAAAAUAGUAACUAGUGCAAUAGUUUUUUACCAUUCCAUGUUCAUUUUCAUACAACACAGCAUUUCCAACAUUUGCUAUCUCGCCCGACAUUGCACGGCAAGCACUUGCUUCUAAUACAUUUUCUUCUCCUAUCGCACCAUUGCUGAAAAAUGCGUUUAAUGAAAUGUUUAUCGAACAGGUUCAGUGUAGACGAAGUCUGUGCAAAUUGAUAUACGAAGGCUGAUCAUAAUUCGUAAGCGAAGUCUAUACAUCCGUGGCGAAGUGUAUCAACCAAUCUUCAGAAAUCAUUUCCCCACUUGUCAUGUUUGUCAAUGUGAUGUCAAUACAAACAUACAGUAAUUUUUUUAUGGUCGAAACUCCGGUGCCGACAUGUCUUUACAUUGUGACCACGCUUCAUUAAUGACGAACAGGCUGGGGAAACCAAAACUUUAACAUAACUCUCUAUGAAGUGAGUCAAUAAAAGAAGGUAAUCUAAUAGUAAAAGGUUAAUACGUUCAGGAUAAUUCUUUUUGGGCUAAAAUUAUGGUUGUACCAUGAAGUAGGAUAUAGCUACGGCUCCAUUUGAUGUGAUAGUACUUACUUCACUUUUUUCAGUUUUCGAAGCAUUGGAACAUUGUUCAUUUGUUGUUCCUGAGGGUACCCAAGGAAUUUUUUGACCAUGGACGAUUCUCCAAUGGCCCUGACAUUGCUGCCACAGCUAACCCUGUGAAAAGAAACCACGACAGUGGAACAGUUAACUGAUCUCCUCAGUGCUUUGAUAAAUUACAAAUCAUUUUAAUUCAAAACAUCGAUUUUUCAAAACAUCAUAUUUCACUUUUUCAUAAACAACGAUUCUGACCAUGCUACAUACUACGCACCAUUCUCCCCCAUUCUUGAAAUAGCCCCCAUCAAGUAUAUGUUGCAGUAUUUGGCAGUCGGCAAUUUGACGGACGGUGUCUCUGCUUCGGGCCAAUUGAUUCUGAUUGAAUAAGAUCUUUCUUAUAUUGCAAUGAAGUUUUUCAAACUGAUCCUUCCGGUAUGCCUUUGGAGGUCCGUGGUUUCUUAUGUCAUCAAUCUGUAAUUUAAAAGAGUGCACCAAUAAGCACAUCAAAAACCUCCCCUUAGAGAAUUAGUUAUCCAAAGUGCCGAGCAUGUUAUCAGGCAUCCUGUACUUGACUCUUAACCCAGUUCCUUCGGAUUGCGGCGUCUGUCAUCCUCAUCCUUAGCACGGUAUGAAAAAGGGGCGGGAUAACCACUGCGGGGGGGGGGGGUCGUAGCAUCCUGAGGAAAUCAGGGGUUGAUGUUCGCUUCUCCCGCCCUGGUGCAAGGCUGGAGAGGCGAACAUUGACCUCUCAUUGACUUCCUCAGGAUGGUUAUAAGGCCUUCUAACUGACUAUCAAGCAGACUGCCCUAGAUAGUGCUACUCGUUGCGCUAUCUGUUUCAUAAUGAUUUUCUACAUGCAAUGUGCUAAAGCAUUUGCACACUAGGUAAAGUGUGUACCAACUUACGAGGUGUGUGGUCAUGUGUGUUUUUACCUUUUUUCCCAGAUGAGGCGCAUUUUCCCGCACUUGUUUCAAGUAUCCAUUAAGUUCUUCUUGCAGAUUGAUGAUACUGUCUGUUGUGUAUAUUUUUGUUUCAUCUAUGGUUUUUGAAAUCUGACGAAUAAAAGACAUUUACCAUUAA